AUCUCAUUCGGCAAUAUAACUCGUUUGUCAGCAGUUCAAAAUUUUGCAGUUAACUUCAUUUGUAAUGGCUGGCCGUCUGCUUGGUAUCCUGCAUUUGGGCGAGAAAAUCCUACCCAAGAGCAAGUUGCUCCAUCAAUCUUUAUAUUUAUCGAGGGGCAUGGCCAAGAAGAAGGAUGAAAGCCAGGGGACCGAAAAGGGCAAGAAAACCUGUGGAAAGAACCAGUUCUUUGGCGGCUGCUUUAAGAAAUCGGAACCAUAUAGAAAGGAGAACAAGAAGGAGAAAAGCAAACGCUGUCGGGAUCCCUGCAAAGAUGGACCUUGCCGUCCCGAGAAAUAGAUUACUUUCACAUCCCUAAAAACUGCAAUUACUACUAUCGUCACUUCCUCUGAUGGGUUUACAUUUCCAUACGGUCUCCAUUGCAAUUUCCGCUUUGAAAAGAAUGCACCAAGUCAGAUUCCAUACACAGAAAAUAAAACUGUUUCCU